AUGGCGACGGAAAAGCAGGCUCUGGACGCUGGUAUCACGACGCACAUCCAGGAUAUUACCGUAGUCCCGAAACACGAGCACUCGGUCGACAGCAAGGGCGAUGUCGAGUCCUCGCAGGACUCAGCCUUGCCACGCGCCACCGACCCGAUCGUUGCUGAGACACCUAAACGAACCUGGCGGUCGUAUAUCUGGGACUCUCUCGACAAAGAUCCGAAAGAACGGAAAUUGGUCUUCAAGCUUGACUGCGCUCUGCUGACAAUUGGCUGCUUGGGGUAUUUUGUCAAAUUUCUCGACCAAGUCAACAUCAACAAUGCAUUCGUCUCCGGCAUGAAAGAAGAUCUCGGAAUGCUCGGCAACCAACUCAACUACAUGCAGACAGCCUGGAGCGUUGGCUACGUGUUAGGCGGAGUGCCCAGCAAUAUCCUUCUCACACGUGUCCGCCCGAGUCUGUUCAUCCCGUGUAUCGAGAUUAUGUGGGGCGUCUUGACUUUCUCGCUGGUGGCCUGCAAGAGCUGGCAGACCAUGUGUGCUGUCAGAUUCUUCGUGGGGCUGUUUGAGAGCGCGCUGUUUCCGGGCUUCAUUUACAUCAUUGGAUCCUGGUAUCGAAAGGACGAGCUAGCCAAGCGGACGUGUAUUUUCCAGAUCACGAAUGCUAUUGGCGGAAUGUUCUCGGGCUACCUCAUGGCUGCGACGUACCGCCUGGAAGGCGUCGGUGGUUUCUAUGGCUGGCAAUGGCUCUUCAUUGUCGACGGCAUCAUCACUAUGCCGAUCGCGAUCGCUGGGUUCUUCGUCCUACCAGAUCUGCCAGAAAGUACACGCGCUUGGUAUCUAAGCCCAGACGAACGCAAGCUUUGCGUGGAUCGCAUGGUAGUGGAGGGUCGUGCGCUACGGCAGCCAUACACGAAGGCUAAGAUCAUGAAGUUCAUCACAGGGUGGCAUUGGUGGGUUCUUGUGCCCAUGUAUGUCGUCUGGAACAACGGCACCGCCGGCGCCCAGCCCAUCUUCCAGCAAUAUCUGAAAUCCACGAAGCAAUACACAGUCCAGGAGAUCAACGUCUACCCCACCAUAGGAGGUGUCGUCCAGAUCGUGUCCACGCUGGCCUUUGCAUGGACAUCGGACACUGUCCUCAAAGGCCGUCGCUGGCCAGCUAUCCUCAUUGGCGCAGUCGUCAAUAUCAUCUGCUACGGUAGUCUCUGGGCAUGGAACAUUCCGACUGGCUGGAAAUGGGCUGUCUAUAUCAUCAAUCCUGUCGGUGCUGCUACGGCUGGCCUUAUCAUGUCCUGGGCGAACGAGGUGUGCACGGCGGACAACGAGGAGCGCGCGAUCGUCACGGGGUCGAUGAACCAGUUCGCAUACGCGUUUCAGAUCUGGGUGCCGCUGCUGGCUUGGCAGCAGGUCAAGCAGCCAAGGUAUACGGCUGGAUUUGCGCUGGUCACGGUACUCAAUGUUGCUCUGAUUGGGAUUGUGACGGUUUGCUUGUACAUGCUGCGGCAGGUUAGGCUGUGGAAGGUGGCGCAGUGA